UAUUUAUAGAGAAGGCGUGCCCAACUUACUACACGUCUGUUGAGAGAAUGUCAGAAACAUCCUUACAGAGAAUCUCCGGUAACCGCCCACAAGAUUCUCCGUCAUCAAUCACUAAAGUCACCUCAAAUUCCGAUCUCUUAACGGAGAUUCUCCUUUUUCUACCUCCUAAAUCCCUUCUCCGUUUCCAAACCGUUUCUAAACACUGGUUUUCCGUUAUCUCAAGUCAAAGAUUCCGUCAACUCCACGGCCGGAAAAAACAAAAAUCAGUCAAAGUUGACGGACUUUUAUUCUGUUGGUGGGUGUAUGGUAAUAACUAUGUUGACUUUAUCCCUUUCAAUAAUUGCAUGUCCAAAAAACAAAAGGGUGCCAUUCCUUUAGCACUCAAGAAUAUUGUUGUUAACUCUACAUCUUCAAAGAUUGUACAUUUACAUUCUUGUAAUGGAUUGUUCUCUAUUAGUUUCAACUUGGGAGUUGAAAAUGAUCAAGUAUACUAUGUUUAUAAUCCUAGUACAAAUCAACAUAGGUUGAUUCCAUGUCCUGAUAUAGGUACCAAGGCUUGUGAGAUUGUGGUAAUGAAUUUGGCUUUUGAUCCUAUGGUAUCUGAUGGUUAUAAGCUUGUUUGUGUGAUGAAAUCAAAUGGGGUUUAUGAAUUUUGGGUAUAUUCAUCAGAAACUGGAGUUUGGAGAGAUUCUAUGGAGAUAUUGGAUAUAAAUCAAGAUUUUUUAGCUCAUGGUGUUUUCUUGAAUGGUUGUAUGCAUUGGGUUAGUGAAAAAUGGUCUUUUUUAAGGUUCGAUUUGGGUUCGUUGUGCUUUAGAGAUAUGCCUAGUACUGUGAUUUCUAGUGGCGUGUUGAAAAGGAAUGUAAGGUAUUUUGGGGAGUCUGGUGGACAUUUGCAUCUUAUUGAGGUACAGGGUUUUAGCUCGAUGAGUUUUGAAGUUCUUGAGUUGGAGAGUGAUUAUUCUAAGUGGUUUGUGAAGUAUCGUGUUGAUCUUAGUUCGUUGCAUACUUCUUAUCCGUUGAUGUUGAGUGAAGAACUUGAUUUACUAGAUGUGAAUCGUCGCACUUGCAAUGUUGUAUAUGUGGUUGUGGAUGACGAGGAAAAGACAGCAAGGUUUUUGGUAUGCACGCCGGAUGUUAUUAUUGAGUAUGAUGCUCGCCGUAUGACUAUCAAGGAGGUUGCAGAGAUAGAUAUAGCAAAGAUACCCGUUAUCUGGGAAGAUGUUUCAGUGUUUGAAUGGAAUGACACCCACCAAUAUGUUGAGACAAUGGCUUGUGUCUGAUGUCCCUAUGGUUUCUUGUAUAUAAGUUUAUUUACUUAAAGAAAAGAGAUGGACUACAUUCUUGUAUGCAAAUGAUGUGGUCACUCAUCAUUGGAGACGCCUGCUUAUGAUGUUUAUGAUCUAUUUCCUGCAAAUAAUAUCUUGUUUUCUCUGCUUAA